AUGACUACACCCAUUCCACAACCACCGCCACUACCUAUAAUCGGCAAUAUCAGGGCUUUGGAUCCUGCAAACCCCACCGAGAGUUUCGUACGCUUAGCAAAAGAAUAUGGCCCUAUCUUUCAAUUGUCAUUUUUUGGCAGGACAAGAUACUUCAUCAACUCAGUUGAGCUGUUGAAUGAGGUUUGUGACGAAAAACGAUUUUGCAAGUCCGUUUCAGGCGCUCUGGAGCAGAUCCGCAAUGGAGUCGGCGAUGGCCUGUUCUCUGCACGCCUUGGAGAACAUAACUGGGAAGUGGCACAUCGCACGCUGGUGCCGGCCUUUGGACCCCUUGGCAUUCAUGACAUGUACGAUGAGAUGUACGACCUUGCCACUCAACUGGUCGCGAAAUGGGCUCGUGGAGGCCCCGAACACAGAAUCAACGUCACAGACGACUUCACACGACUGACACUAGACUCCAUUGCUCUUUGUGCAAUGGGAAAGAGAUUCAACUCGUUCUAUUCGGAGGAAAUGCAUCCUUUCGUCGGCGCCAUGGUUCGGUUCCUGGUCGAGUCUGGGGCGAGAGCCAGGAAGACGAAAGUCGAAGCCUUCAUCAGGAGAGAACCCGAACGGCAGUAUUGGAAGGAUAUCGAGUACAUGAAAAGCGUGUGUAAAGAGCUUAUUGAGCACCGAAGGGCCAACCCCGUCGACAAGAAAGACUUGCUCAAUGCCAUGCUGUUUGGCCGUGACCCGAAAACGAAAGAGAGAUUGACGGAUGAGAGUCUCGUGAACAACAUGAUCACUUUCCUGAUUGCAGGCCAUGAAACAACGUCUGGUCUCCUGUCCUUUGUCACUUAUUACUUGAUCAAGCACCCGGAGGUGUUUCAAAAGGCACGGAAAGAGGUUGACAGUGUGGUAGGAAGGGGCCCUGUGACAGCUGACCACAUCACAAAGAUGCCCUACCUGGAAGCCAUCUUGAGGGAGACUCUUCGUUUGAAUCCUACAGCGCCAGGCAUCUCUAUCACCUCCCAUCCCGAUCAAGGAGAUCAGGUGAUUGGCGGAGGAAAAUACUUCAUUCCCAAGGGUAUCACUAUCUUUUGCAAUUUAUCCUCAGUCGGUCGUGAUCAAAGUGUCUUCGGCGACGAUGCCGAAGACUUCCGGCCAGAACGGAUGUACGGGGAGAACUUCACCAAAUUGCCGCCAAAUGCUUGGAAGCCCUUUGGAAAUGGCGCGAGAGGGUGCAUUGGCCGCCCAUUCGCCUGGCAAGAAGCGCUUCUAGCUCUAGCACUGAUUCUGCAGAACUUCGAUCUGAAACUAGAUGAUCCAUCCUACCAACUGCACAUCAAGAGUACGCUGACCAUCAAACCUGGUGACCUCUAUAUCCACGCCACUCCACGCGAUGGUGUGGAGGUCCUCAACAUCGAGAGGAAACUGUACGAAGGCGUACGCGCCCCGCCACCCCGCCAAGGGUCGCGUGCCGUGAAGGCAGAGCAGGCGGCGUCGGGAAAGCCUCUCCUGGUCCUCUACGGCUCAAAUGCGGGCACGUGCGAGGGGCUGGCUCAGAAACUGGGUCAAAGCGCUGGAGGUCGUGGGUAUGCGGCCAAGAUCCUACCUCUUGACGAUGGCAUCGGCGCAAUCAGCAAGGACGUCCCCGUCGUGAUCGUCACAGCGAGUUACGAAGGAAACCCCCCCGACAAUGCGGACGCGUUCGUGAACUGGUUGAAGGGUGCCGAUUCAUCCAAGAAGCUGCAAGACGUACACUUUACCGUCUUUGGCUGUGGUCACCAUGAUUGGGUGACAACCUAUCAGAGAGUCCCCAAACUCGUCGAGGCCGAAAUGCUCGCCAGAGGCGCGACUAAGAUCGCCGCGCGCGGAGAAUCUGACGUUGCCAAAGGCAGAGUGUUUGACGACUUUGAUUCCUGGCAGGAUGAGCAGCUCUGGCCGGUUCUCGCAGCAGGCACCACGGAUUCCCAACCGAACGACGCACUCGACAUGGAGAUCGACAAGAAUGCCCGUGCCUCGCACCUCCGGCACAACGUGCAGAAUGCUCAGGUGCUGAGAAACGACCUUUUGACGCCGGCUGGGGCGCCGGAGAAGAGAAUCACGGAGUUUCACCUACCAGACGGCAUGCCCUACGAAGCUGGAGAUUACCUCGCCCUGCUGCCCGUCGGCAAUAUCCAGACCAUCUCGAGAGUGCUGAGAAGGUUCGUUCUGCCGUGGGACGCGACCAUGACGCUUCGCAAGGGCGCGCACACCACCAUCCCAACGGAGGUCCCGGUCUCCAUCAUGACCGUGCUCGGCAGCUACGUCGAACUCAACAGCGCCGCGAGCCGCAAGGACGUCGCCACGAUCAACAAGUACGCCAAGGACGAGGAUGUCGUGGAUGAGAAACUCCUCGACGUCCCGCAUCCGCCAUCCGUCCUCCAAGUUCUCGAGCAACACCCAGGGAUCGAGCUCCCCUUCUCCGUCUUCCUGUCCAUGCUCACACCGAUGCGCAUCCGACAAUACUCGAUCUCGUCCUCGGCGCUCCUCGACCCGAGAAAAGUGCGCAUCGUCUACUCGGUCGUCAAUUCCGACCCGCAGCACCUGGGCGUCGCGACCAACUACCUCAAAACGCUGCCCGCAGGCUCGACCGUGCAGGUGAUGAUCAAGAAGUCCCACGCGUCGUUCCACCUCCCGGACGACCUCAAGACACCGAUCCUGAUGCUCUGCGCCGGCACCGGGCUCGCGCCGUUCCUGGGCUUCAUUGAAGAGCGGGCCGCGCGCAUCGCCAAAGCCGGGGUCUCGUCCAGCGACAUCGGCGAAGCCGUGCUGUUUGUCGGCUGUCGCGACCCGGACCAGGACCGCCUGUACGCGGACGAACUCGACAGGUGGCAGCGUGACGGCGUCGUCAAAGUCUACUACGCCUUCAGCCGGAGGCCCGAGAAGUCCGCCGGCUGCAAGUACGCGCAGGAUCGCCUGUGGGCGGAGCGCGACGAGGCCAGCCGCCUGUUCGCUGCUGGCGCCAGGGCUUACAUCUGUGGCAGCAGUGCGCUGGGCAAGGGCAUCGCCGACGUCGUUGCUAAGCUUGUCGUCGCUAAGGCGAAGACCCAGUCCAAGGAGUUGACGCUCGAUCAGGGCCUGAAGUGGUGGGAGGGCCUCAGGGGCGAGAGGUAUGCUGUUGAUGUGUUUGAUUAG